AUGGUGCUUCACGAAAACUCCAUUUCGAUUGGUCCUGACACCCGCGACGGCCUGCAGAGCCUACUUGAGGAGAUCACCUCAUCGCCGAAGUUCCUGCUCAACCACCUGCCUCUCAUGUUGGUCCCUGUCAAUGAGUUCCGGCUGCCACGGUUCAAGCUGAACUUUGGCGGUAGCAUCGUUGAAGACCUCAAGAGCUUGGGCCUAAUCUUACCGUUCGACCCAUUAACAGCGAGUGUGUCAGAGAUCACGGAGGUUGACACUACUGAUGAUGGGCAAAUAUACGUGAGUGAGGUCAUCCACAAGGCGGUGGUCGAUGUGAAUGAGGAGGGCUGUGAGGCAGCUGCCGCCACCGAGUCCGAUGACGACAUGGGGUUCUCGUUGGACUAUGAGCCGUCCAAGCUGGUGGACUUUGUCGCCGACCACCCAUUUGCAUUCUUCAUCAUCGAGGAGACAUCAGGCACCGUCGUAUUUGCAGGGCAUGUCCUCGACCCAUCUAGGGAGUAG